UGCAACGUUUGAUACGUUGUUAUUGGUAACUAAACGUAUAAACUUUUUACUUUAUUUAUCUGAUUAUCAAAAUUGAAUGUUUAAUGUGUUUUUGCCGUUAAGGUAACGGAUUUAUGAAGUUUUUUUUAUGUAAUUUGUGACAAAUAAACAAAAUGAAUGACGAGAGUAUAACUGAAAUGUUAGAAUCUUCAUUUGAAUCAUUUGACUAUAGUUCAGACGAUUGUGACAAUGACCCCAAUUGGGAUCAAAAUGCUGAAAACAUGUCUACAAGUAGUACUUCUAGUAAACAAAAUAUCAAUGAUGAUGUCAGACAUGUGAACAUGUCUAUAGAUGAAAUUGAAUUAUCUGGAGUAGAUGCAAUUGCUUACAGUGAUGAAAAUGAUGAUCCAAAUUUUGAUUUGGUAUCUCAUAUAAGUGCUUCAUCUGAUAAUGGUUCUACUACAAAUUAUCCUGGACCAGGACGUCCAAGGAUUCAUCCUAAGGUAAAUGUCAAUGAUCGUCGUCAAUGGAGAGCAGACGACAAUGUUAUUGACGAUUUUAUUUUUGAUGCUGAUAAGACAAAUUCAGGUAUAAAUCCAGAUUUAUUUGACACUCUUAUGCAUGGAUCACCGCUUGAUUUUUAUUAAUUAUUAUAUACCUAUAUAAAUAUAUUUUAUAUUUAUUAUGCUAUAAAAAAAAAUACCUAU